AUGCCAGAAAAGGGUACUCGGAAAGGAAAAGCAUGUAGGUAGAAGGGCUCAGAAGAGCUGUAGAUUUCAUAGGACACUAUACCAAAAAGAAUUUCAAAUUAUCUAGUCGAUAAAUAUUAUAUAUUAUUAGAAUUUACUUGAAAUCCCAAAAGAAAUUUCAACUUUAACCAUCGAAUUUAGGUGAAUACAGUUGCGCACGAGUUAAAUUAAUCCUCCGAAGGGAAUACAGGCAAGUCAUGGCGAUGAUUGCUUACAUAUGAGUUUAGUUACUACCUCAUUCAACUCUACAUUCCCUGCAUCAUGUUGGUGGUCGUUUCAUGGGUCAGCUUUUGGUUGGACAAGGAUGCUGUGCCGGCGCGAGUGUCUCUGGGUGUUACAACGUAAGUCUGUCGUUCGAAGCGGCUGAAAAGUAGUGGUCAAUUCAGUGAUCUAUUAAAUUGAAGGUUUUACAAGGGAAGUACCCCAAGUGCGAAGCUCAUAUUUUCUUUAAAUUUUGCACGCACUUCGGGCAUAGACUAAUUUGGUUUUUAAAUUUCAAUUCCUGAAAGCUUUAGCUCGCUCUUUGCAGACGCCGCUGAGAUUUUGAACGAUCUUUGCCGCCGAGAGAGCACACUAAACAUGGAGAGCGAUCAAGACACUUUUUUAGCCAUAGCUUCGCAAGUUUCGCGCGGGAAAAAAUGAUUUUUUGUGGAAACAUUUCCCUCUACGGUAGAAAUAGGCAUGAAAUUUUUCGUGCCGAAAUUCGGCAAAAAGUGUCAGAUUUUCGCCAACUUUCGAUCUAAAAAUCUCGGUUGUUUCUGCAAAACGCGAGCUGGGAUUUUCGCAUUUUUUUAGAAACAAUUAUUCUAAAUUUAUGCCAAGUUUUGAUCAAAAUUUGAGCAUCGCACUUGCUGUACUUCCCUUCGUUAGUAAAAGAGCCACUGUGAUUUGAAUUAGCUCACGCUUUGCAGACGCCACCGAGAGAUUAAGCGAGAUGCGUGGGGUGGACAUACAGAAAGAAAAAACUUUUUUGGCCAUAACUUCGCUGGUGCCGCGGAGAAAAGAUUGAUUUUUUGUUGAAAAAUUACCUUAUACGGCAGAAAUAGGCAUGAAACUUUUUAUGUCAAAAUUCGCGAAAAAAUGGUGAAUUUUUCCCAACUUUUGGUCUUACGAAAUCUCGGUUGCUUCUGCGAAGCGCGAGCUAGGAUUCACGCAUAUAUUGUAGAAAACUUAUUCUAAAUUUAUACCAAGUUUUGAUCAAAAAAUUUGGGAAUUGUUCUAAAAUUUGUGCCAAGUUUUGAUCAAAAUUUGAGCGUUGUAAUACUUGGAGUGAAAGCUCUGUGAAAGCACUCCUAAAGAUCCCCAAAAAGUUGUGUCCUUAUCUAAUUCUACUGUAAGUUUUUCAGUCUCCUCACGAUGACCACGCAAGCCUCCGGUAUCAACUCCAAAUUGCCGCCAGUCUCGUACAUCAAAGCCGUCGAUGUUUGGAUUGGAAUCUGUCUAGGUAUGUGACAAACCCGUUCAGCCAUUGUCCUUCGAAAUCUCUCCAUGAUCUAUUGUUAUCCCCGCUAAUCCUCAAGGGUUUCGUUUAUGGGGGCCCUCUGAAUGGGGGUUUAGGUCAUUCCAACGGCUUUGUCUUGCCGCCAAACCCCCCACAUGUAGCGUUUAUGUGUACGUGAGAAUGGAUCAAUUCCUGUGGCAUUUGUAGUAAUCCUAAUCCGAUGAAGAGGAAUACAAAGAUGCGGUUUUAUGACGCACGAAUACCGUACGAUUUCUGAGGCCAUGCUGGGGCGAAAAUGAAGAUGGCAAAAAUAACAGUAAAGGGGAAGGUUAUCGCCAUGACUACCGAAAUUUAUCGGCGUACUGUGCGGAAACAAGAGUUCGCUUCGCACAGUGCAAUUUCUCGCUUUUUGCACCGUGCAAUAGGCUGUUUUGGGCUGUCGCCCGCACCUUGAUUUUUUCUGCAUAGCAAGCGCCAAAAACUUCAGCGACUUUGCAAACAAACUAUAAUAGCACCAGUUUACCCACUUCCGUUUAGGAUAUAUAAUUUAUUGCCCGAGUAUGUGGUACAGUGACGGACCUGAUCCAGCGGAAAAAACGUAUCAUUUUGCAUCCGGGAAGUAUCCAAAAUGCAGCAAAAUACCUCCCUCUCCAACCAAAAAAAUGAAAUCGCAGUUUUUUCACUUGGAGAGGGAGGUAGUUUGCCACAUUUUUUGAUACUUCCCGGACACGAAAUGGUACGUUUUUUGCCACUGGAUCAGAUCGGCCACUGUAUAUUCCUUUACUACUAGUCCUUUCGGGAAGCCGCCGGACUGAUUUUUGGCGUUUGCACUGUGCGAAAAAUGUGGAAACGACAGCCGAAAAAAGUCCUUGCGGUGCAAAAAGGAAGAAAUUUCACAUCGCAAAGAAAAGUUUUAUUUUCGCACAGUGCGUGUCGCCGAUUUCACAAGGAAAGUGCUUUUAUGGGGCCUCCUACUUUUUGACGGGACAUACCUCAAAAAAUCAGAAAAAAUGCGCUGAUCAAGGAUAUAUAAAAUUUAGCUGCCCAUUUUGGGUUUUUAGGGGUGAAAAUGCCCAAAAACUUGCUUAAUUUCCCUACAAAAGGCGCAGGCAUUCGAAACGAUAAAAAGCGCAGUCGUUCUCUUCCUUAGGAAGAGUGCGGUGUGACCGAGUGGUUAGUGCCGUAGUCUGGGAAUCAAGAGGGAGGACGCCGCACGGGUUCGAUUUUCCUUUUGGGCUGAAUCAACUUUUUUUGAAGUUGAAGGUCGAAAAAAUAAAUUUUUGGGCCAAGGCUGACUUAUUACGUCUUAGAAACUCAAUAAACACCAUUUUAAGCCAAAAUAAAAAUUGUAAACCUGUGAAAAAUUAAGAGAAAAAGGGGUUCAUACAGGACUUUAAGUCAACUUCCGAUUGAGUUUUCACCCCUAAAAACCUAAAAUGGGCAGCUAAGAUUUAUAUAUCCUUGAUCAGCACAUUUUUUCUGAUUUUUUGAGAUAUGUCGCGUCAAAAAGUAGGAGCCCCAAUAAAGGUACUUCCUUGUCAGACCGGCGACUUUCCGGAAACACUUGUACUCGGCGCGGAAAGUCCUCGGAAUUUUCGGCAACUCUGCACUUUUCAUGAUUUCGAAAAAACAUUUUCAGACAAGUUUUGCUUUCUUUGCACUACGUUGCGGGCAUUUGGCGCGACAUGUACAUACAUGAACUUUAACAGCCUCCAAGACCCAACAACAACCACCUGAAGUGGUCUUUGGUUGAUCCUGUUGCUUAUCCAUUCGUUUAUUUUUGCCAUCAAAGUUGUGUAAGCGGCUUGCGUGCGGGGAAAAACUCGUUUCAUGAGUCAGCCGUCAAAUCCGCCGAAGCGAAUUUGGCUUAGCGCAAAUUACUCAUCCCGAGGAUGUGCCAUAAUUCCUUUUACGUGGCUUUUCGCAAAACCCUUUUUUCUUUCCAGGAUUCAUCUUCUCGGCCCUGCUCGAGUACGCGUUGGUCAACUACUACGGUAGGAAGGAGUUUACGCGCCGGGAGCGCGGCAAAAAGUUGGGAGGGCUGCAGCAGAUGGCGGCGCAACUCCCGUCCCUGAUGGGCCCCGAUUGCCUGUGUCCGCCGUCGAUUGUGCCGAACGCCCAUAUGAACAUGAUGCACGACACGAUAAACAUGAAUCUCAGCGGAUUGAACAACAACGAUGUUCAUCCGUUAAGGCAACAUCGGCGCUCGAUGCGGCUGGACUUGAGCGUCCUGAACAGCCAGAUGCCGUUGAGGACCAAGUUGAGGAAGAUGCUGGGCGACGAUCUGUCGAAGCGUGUGGACAUUGUGUCCCGAUACAUGUUCCCCGCGUUGUUUAUAUCGUUUUUGAGUAAGUUGUUGCCAGCGGCAGUCAUAUAG